GGCGGGAGGAACUACAAGCCGGACGGAGGCUGCGGGCGGGCGCCUGGAGCCGGAGCCGGAGCCGCCGCCAUGAACGUGGUGCUCGCCGUCAAGCAGUAUGUGUCCAGGAUGAUUGAGGAGAGCGGGCCCGGCAUGAAGGUGCUGCUGAUGGACAAGGAGACGACCAGCAUCAUCAGCAUGGUGUACACCCAGUCGGAGAUCCUUCAGAAGGAGGUCUAUCUCUUCGAGCGCAUUGACUCCGCCAACAGAGAGACCAUGAAACACCUGAAGGCCAUCUGCUUCCUACGGCCCACCAGGGUGAACGUGGAGCUACUGAUGAAGGAACUACGCAGACCCAAAUACGGCCAGUUCUUCAUCUACUUCAGUAACGUCAUCAGCAAGGCUGACAUCAAGGACCUGGCGGAAGCAGAUGAAAACGAGGUGGUGUCCGAAGUCCAGGAGUUUUACGGAGAUUUUAUUGCCGUCAGCCCUCACGUGUUUUCGUUCAACCUCACCGGCUGCUCUGAGGGGUGGAACUGGAACUUCCCCGCCUUGGUCAGGAGCACAGAGGGGCUGACGGCCGUUCUCCUGUCCCUGAAGAAGUGUCCCAUGAUCCGUUACCAGGUCUCCUCGGACAUGGCCAAGCGGCUGGCCGUCUCUGUCAAGCAAGUCAUCACCAGAGAGUACGAGCUCUUCGACUUCCGCAGGACGGAGGUGGCUCCCCUUCUCCUCAUCCUGGAUCGUAGCAGCGACCCCAUCACCCCACUGCUCAACCAGUGGACAUACCAGGCGAUGGUUCACGAGCUGCUGGGCAUCAGCAACAACCGCAUCGACCUGUCCCGUGUGCCCGGGAUCAGCAGGGACCUGAGGGAGGUGGUGCUGUCCGCAGAGAGCGAUGAGUUCUACGCCAACAACAUGUACCUGAACUUCGGUGAGAUCGGCUGUAACAUCAAGAACUUGAUGGAGGAUUUUCAGAGGAAGAAACCCAAACGGCAGCAGAAGUUGGAGUCCAUCUCCGACAUGAAGGCUUUCGUUGAGAACUACCCCCAGUUCAAGAAGAUGUCGGGCACGGUGUCCAAGCACGUGACGGUGGUGGGUGAGCUCUCGCGGCUGGUGGGGGAGCGCAACCUGAUGGCUGUGUCGGAGGUGGAGCAGGAGCUGGCCUGCCAGAACUACCACUCCAAGGCCCUGCAGAACGUGAAGAGGUUGCUCGAGGAUCCCAAGGUGACGGAGCUGGAUGUCACGCGGCUGGUGAUGCUCUACGCACUGCGCUACGAGAAGCACCAAGACAAGAGUCUGAUCUCGCUCCUGGACCUCAUGAGCCACAAGCACAUCUCGGAGACUUAUCGGCAGUUGGUGUUGGGAAUUGUGGAAUACGGCGGGAUAAAGAUCCAUGGGGACGAUCUCGUGACACCCAAGGAUGCCGUCGCUUUCACUAAACAACUCUUCAAAGGAUUUAAGGGCAUCGAGAACGUGUACACACAGCACCAGCCCCGACUCCACGACACCCUGGACCAACUCCUGAAGGGGAAACUGAAGAGCAGCGACUACCCCUUCCUCGGCAAAACCGUCCUGCGCGACCGGCCCCAGGACGUCGUGGUGUUCAUGAUCGGAGGCACGACAUACGAGGAGGCGCAGACCGUCUACAAUCUGAACCGCACCAACCCAGGAGUCAGGAUCGUGCUGGGAGGGACCACCAUACACAACACCAAGAGUUUCCUGGAGGAGCUGGCUGCUGCCGGAUUCCACAGCCGCAGGACAGGAAAGCUGGAUGAUUUAAGCCGUACAGGUCGCUGGUGAAGCCCUGCGACGUUCCCCCCCGCCGUACCUCCACGGCGCCCAGCGCUGACUCCUGCUCCAUGUGUCCGUGACCGUGAACCACUCUGCACAUUCAAUACACACGCCAACUCUCCACUAGUGUUCUUGUCCGCGUGUUGACCGCAUGGAGCAAUCCCUGUGCUUCUAUUGUGUGUGCAGCUGGGAGCGCUUCCCCAGAGCAAAUAGGCCAUCGCAUUCCCCAAAAACACAUUCCGAACUUCCGGAUCUGAUUCCUUCCGAAAAACAUUUCUCGCACCCCCCCCCCCCACCUAACCCCAGGGUCACUGGGCAGUGAUGGGGAGCAGGAACCCCGGCUGAUCUCUGCAUUGCCAGUUGGUUAUCCCUCCCCCCCCCAAUCCUGAACCCUCCGUUUUGCCCGGAUCAGCCCACAGAAGAAAUAACAGUGCGUUUAUUUCCCCAGUUGGACAAGAGCUAAUUAUUGUCCAUUACUGACACACCUUGUCCCCUUGUGGGUCUGUUUUUUUCUCUGCACCAUCUCGGUGCCUCGACUGCGGGAACUGAGAGGAUUAAUGAACACUCACCGCAGCAGAACCCUUCCUCAGCAAGCCUCCAGAUGCUCAGUAAUAGUUCUGAUGUGAAUGGAUCAAUAAAUGUCUUGAAAUCAAAUCAUAAAAUGUUUCCAGAGCACUAAACCAUCACCACAUUCCUUCAGCUGCAGACUGAGAGCUUUACAUCAGUGUUACAAGGUCCAACCUCUUCAUUCUGGGGCCACAUGUAUUACAGUCCUAGCCCAUUACAGUAGUGCUACAUUACAGGCCGGUGUGUUGUAGGGAUUCAUGCCUUGAAGAGAAUGCAUUACAAUC